UCCUGAAUAAUAGUUGAUGCAAUAGAACUCCGUCCUCACUGAAUUUCAAACCAUGACUUUGGCUCGGCGCCAUUAUAGAACGGAUGAAAGCCAAAGGAGUAAAUCUGUUUCCGCUCAAACUAUGCCUUCCUUUUAUCUGCAAUAUUGGAAAGGAACGAGCAGAAUAUCAAACUGACGAGACGACCAGUUAAUCUAUGAAGAUGAACAGUUGAGAUGUAGUCAUUUAGAAUGAAGUUCACCCGUUACAAUAAAACCUUGACUGAAAGCUCCACAAAACAACUCAUCAGACUCAAUUGCCUUCUUUCAGACCGUACUCGUUCCCACCUAUUCUUGGAUGCUCUUCACCUCUUCAACCAAAUUCACUCUUCCAAUCAUCUCAGACCAGACCAUUACACCCUUUCGACCACCCUCACCGCCUGCGCCAACAUCGCACCCACUAGCUUCGGCAACCAGCUCCACGCCUUCGCCAUUAAUGCAGGGCUUAAAGAAUACUCUCAUGUAUCAAAUUCCCUCCUUUCAUUCUACGCCAAGUCAAAAGAUUUGAGUUCAGUGAAAAGGGUUUUUAGUGAAAUUGAAAACCCAGAUGUUUAUUCUUGGACUACGUUGUUGUCUGCGAGUACCAAGUUGGGUGAAGUUGAGUAUGCUUGUCAGAUGUUUGAUGAAAUGCCGCGAAGGAAUUUGGCGGUUUGGAAUGCAAUGAUUACUGGGUGUGCUGAAAGUGGGCGUCACGAGAUUGCUUUGAAUUUCUUUCAAAGAAUGCAUUUUUUGGGUGUUAGAUAUGAUAAUUAUGCUUUUGCUAGUGUUUUAAGUUUGUGUAAUAUGGAGCUAUUGGAUUUUGGAAGACAAGUGCACUCAAUGGUAGUUAAGACCGGGUUUUUGGCCAGAGCUUCAGUGCUUAAUGCUUUGGUUACGAUGUAUUUUAACUGUAAGAAUGGUUUUGAUGCUUUUUUAGUAUUUGAGGAAGCUGGGGAUGAAGUGCCUGAUCCUGUUACUUAUAAUGCAAUGAUUACUGGUUUAGUGAGUACGGAAAGAGCUGAAGAGGCCUUAAUAAUGUUCAAGGAUAUGCAAAAGUUUUCCUUGAGACCCACUGAGCUCACUUUUGUGAGCAUAAUGAGUUCAUGUUCACAUAUUAGGAUUGCUUCUCAACUGCAUGCUCAAGUUGCGAGAAUAGGUUUAGAAAACUAUACAUCCAUUGCUAAUGCAACAAUAACAAUGUAUGCCAGUUGUGGGGACUUGAAUGCAGUCUCUUUAGUUUUUGAAAGGCUAAAGGAGAAGGAUACUGUGUCGUGGAAUGCCAUGAUCACGAGCUAUGCCCAAAAUAGUUGGGACAGAGCAGCAAUUUUCACAUACCUUCAGAUGCAGAGGGAAGGAAUAGAGCCAGAUGAGUUUACAAUGGGCAGCGUACUAGCAAGCUCAGAAUCUCUAGUAGUUGUUGAAAUAAUUUUCGGUGUUGCAUUGAAGAAGGCACUUAUCUUGAAAAUAGAAGUAUCUAAUGCACUGCUCUCUGCAUUCUGUAAGCAUGGUGAAAUGAAGCAGGCUUGUCAAGUUUUUAAUGACAUGUUUCCCAGAAACCUGAUCUCUUGGAAUACAUUGAUUUCCGGUUGUCAUCUAAAUGGACUACCCAUGGAGUGCUUGCACCUCUUCUCUGAGAUUGUUAGUGAAGGUUUAAUGCCUAAUCCUUUUACUCUCAGCAUCGUUUUGAGUGUUUGUGCCAGCAUUUCAGCUCUACAACAAGGGAAGGAGAUUCACACUUACAUUCUCAAAUCUGGAUUGUUUUCAGAAAUAUCCUUAGGAAAUGCUCUCAUCACAUUGUAUGCAAAAUGUGGAAUGUUGCACUGGUCUCUAAAGGUGUUCCAGAAAAUGACAGAAAAAGACACAGUUUCUUGGAAUUCAAUUAUUACUGCCUAUGCACAGCAUGGGAAGGGCAAGGAAGCUGUACAUUGCUUUGAGAUGAUGCAAGAAUUAGGUGGGGUCAAACCAGAUAACACCACCUUUAAUGCAGUUCUGUCAGCUUGCAGCCAUUCAGGCUUAAUUGAUAGGGGAAUUGAAGUUUUUACCUCUAUGAUUCAUACAUACGGUAUAGAGCCUACAGCAGACCACUUCUCUUGCAUUGUCGAUCUUCUAGGUCGGGCUGGGUAUCUUGAUGAGGCUGAAAAACUGGUAAAAGAUAGACAUGUUGAUGUAGAUUCCACUGUUUGGUGGACAUUAUUCAGUUCAUGUGCUGCUUAUGGCAAUGUUAGACUAGGCAGAAUUGCUGCCGGAUUUCUGCUUGAGACCGAAAAGAAUAACCCCAUGGUUUAUGUUCUUUUAUCCAAUAUUUAUGCCAGUGCAGAGAACUGGGAGGACUCUGCUAAUGUGAGGAAAUUGAUGAAUAAAUGUGGAGUGCUAAAGCAACCAGGAAGUAGUUGGAUAGGAUCCUGAAGCUCUUUUUCUUUAAUGCUGGAUGUCUUGAUGUGAUUGGUCACAAAGUUCAAGCUUACCUAUAAACCAGGAGAUUGCUCUCUGUGGAAGAAAGGUCUAAGGGUAAAAGGUAGGUUUGGUCCUACAUUUCCCACUUCAGUUCUGCCAGGCAUACUGCAUCUCCCGCAAGCCCCAAUGAGUCGCUAGCCUACUCCACCAGCGAGCUAUCUUUCCCCUGCUUCGUUCCCUGUCUUCUUCGCAUGCUAUAAAUUCUUUCAUGAUGUCUCACUGGGGAAUUGCUUGCUGAUGGAAAACAUUUUUUUGUGCGAAUUUUAAGGAAAUUCUUGCCUUGAACUCGGAAAUUGCAUGACGUAAUUGCCAUAGCAGAAGACAAUUGGUCCGUCUGAUGAGUCUCAUUUCUUUGAAUGAAGACUGAGCAAAACUACCUAAGCACGAAAAUGGUACGGAAAGAGACAAUCUCAAUGAUGAAGUUUUUGGCAUCUGUCAAAAAAAAACUAUGAUUUUUUCAGCUGUUUUAGUUACCUCGAGGUAGUCCUGCUAAAAAUUUACUUUGUCAAGUUCCAGAAACUGAUAAUAUCGUGGAUAUUUAGUCGUCCUUCUACUCUCCGUGAGAGUGAUAUGCACCUUUGAGGUUAAUCUCAAAUAUGCUUUGCACCAAAUGAGCUGUUGUUUCCUAUUUCCUGAAAACAAGCAUACUUCUGACAUUCUAUUUGGUUUUAAUCCUUCUUCUCCUUUAGCAAGUGUUGCAUUUCAGGGAGUUAUUGCAUUUCAGGGAGUUAUCUGCUACAGAUCCAUGAAAACUUUUUCACCUUGCUGGAGGUGACUAGGAAUAUGUUUGCCCAUAUCCCUAAGUAUAGGACUAUAGCCAUGCAAAGCGCACCAAAACAUGCCUUCUAUGAAAGAGCAAGCUUGAUCUUACCUCCAAAUAUAGUCCAACCAGAGACUCGACUUCAUUUUCCUCAACUGCACGGUACCCGCCUUUAAGGAGAUCCCAUAGACAGAACAACACUUUAUCUCUUUCUAUCCAUCUAACUAUAAAAAAAAAAUUAGUGUCUACAGGUUUAUUAUAGUAGAAGAUAUGAACAAAUUCACCAUGAUUAGGAUAUCGAGAAAUGAAAACACGAAUGUGAACGUCUGAUUUCUAAUAGACAAUAAACCCUCCUCCUUUUUCCAGGAUUGGGUAAGCUUGAUCUUAGAGAUUGUUUCUGCUGAGCACUGAUGCUGUGGUUUUAUUUAUCUAUCGACAUCUGUAACUUGAGCAAUUUAGCAGAUUUUGAGACAAGUCAAAUAAAGCAGAGGAAGAAAUUGUAAUGUACCCUCUUAUAACCAAGAAGAUAUUCCUAGAACUACCAGAUCAUGUCUCAAAACCAGCUCUCAUUAUGAUAAAGAGGUAACACAAGUUAUAAAGAGGAUCCAUGUCCUGCAUUAUACAGGAGCACGUCAUUUACAAUGAAUCCUGCUCACUGUAAUUUGAGGACAAUACAUAGAAUAAUUUGUUGAUCUAAUCUUUGAUUGAUCACAAGCAUUAUGUACUAAUUUUUCUUGCAUUACCAUUGUUCUGUGAUGGUUCGUUUAGCGAUGGUUCAUAAAUGAACAAAGAUGAUGAAAGUUAACAUCU